AUGAAGAGGCACCUGGAGUUCAUGAACCAGCUCAAGAAAUACGACGAGGACGUCUCACCAACUGUGAGUGCUGUGAGAGCAGACUCUGGGCUCUGUCCUGGACCUGCAGGGUCAUGGUUCAGGGUCAGUCUUAGACCACUGUAGGUGCUGUAAGAGCAGACUCUCUAACAGAAACACAGACGUUAUAUUUCAGAGUCCUGGUUUAGUCUUUUCUGUAUCAGUGAGGAACUACCUGACAGGACUUCAUUUCUAUCCUGCCUCUUACUGGCUGAUUUCACAGCCGUACAGUCUGAUUGAUUUCCUGAAAAAAGCAGUCGUUUCUUCCUGGAAGGAUCCUCUCUGGUCAGCUCUCAUUGAUUAGAUGUUGGGCUUGAAUGUCUGCGUGCUCUGCUCUUAUUUUAGUAACUGACUGCUGAAGAAACAGCCUGAGCGGUUGUUAUUCUUCUUUUCCUUUUUCCAGCUGUUGACAUGUUGCUGCCUGUCCUAAAUACCAGAAUCGCUCUAAGUUCUCCUGUAGAGCACAGAGGUGCUGCUGCUGCUGCUGCUUUAUGGAGGCUUAGAUGAACUGGUCCUGAAUCCAGGUCUGCUGUUAUAAAACUGAAUCAAAGUGUCUUUAUGAGUCCAGCUGAUCCUUUAACCCUUUAUAACCUUCAUGAGUAGUUGGUGUACGAGGUCGAGUCAAACUAGGAGAGGUGAGAGCAGCUGGAGAAAUGAAGUUUCAGGAGAUUCACAUGAAGAUCUGAGGUUUCCAGCCUGAAGCUGUGGAGCUGGGACUGUUUUCAAUGUUCAAACAUGGACCUUCAUGUCUGUUCAACAGUUCUCUCUCUCACUCUCUCUCUCUCUCUCCCUCUCUCUCCCUCUCUCUCUCUCUCUCUCUCUCCCCUCUCUCUCUCUCUCUCUCUCUCUCUCUCUCUCUCUCUCUCUCUCUCUCUCUCUCUCUCUCUCUCUCUCUCUCUCUCUCUCUCUCUCCCUCUCUCCUUCUCUCUCUCUCUCUCUCUCUCUCUCUCUCUCUCUCUCUCUCUCUCUCUCUCUCUCUCUCUCUCUCUCUCUCUCUCUCUCUCUCUCUCUCUCUCUCUCUCUCUCUCUCUCUCUCUCUCUCUCUCCCUCUCCCUCUCUCUCUCUCUCUCUCUCUCAGUCGUUUCUCCCUCUCUCUCUCUCUCUCUCUCUCUCUCUCUCUCUCUCUCUCUCUCUCUCUCUCUCUCUCUCUCUCUCUCUCUCUCUCUCUCUCUCUCUCUCUCUCUCUCUCUCUCUCCUUCUCUCUCUCUCCCUCUCUCUCUCUCUCUCUCUCUCUCUCUCUCUCUCUCUCUCUCUCUCUCUCUCUCUCUCUCUCUCUCUCUCUCUCUCUCUCUCUCUCUUAGAUGAACUGGUCCUGAAUCCAGGUCUGCUGUUAUAAAACUGAAUUAAAGUGUCUUUAUGAGUCCAGUUGAUCCUUUAACCUCUUUCUCUCUCUCUCUCUCUCUCUCUCUCUCUCUCUCUCUCUCUUCUCUCUCUCUCUUCUCUCUCUCUCUCUCUCUCUCUCUCUCUCUCUCUCUCUCUCUCUCUCUCUCUCUCUCUCCUUCUCUCUCUCUCCCUCUCUCUCUCUCUCUCUCUCUCUCUCUCUCUCUCUCUCUCUCUCUCUCUCUCUCUCACUCUCUCUCUCACUCUCUCUCUCUCUCUCUCUCUCUCUCUCUCUCUCUCUCUCUCUCUCUCUCUCUCUCUCUCUCUCUCUCUCUCUCUCUCUCUCUCUCUCUCUCUCUCUCUCUCUCUCUCUCUCUCUCUCUCUCUCUCUCUCUCUCUCUCUCUCUCUCUCUCUCUCUCUCUCUCUCUCUCUCUCUCUCUCUCUCUCUCUCUCUCUCUCUCUCUCUCUCUCUCUCUCUCUCUCUCUCCCUCUCUCUCUCUCUCUCUCUCUCUCCCUCUCUCUCUCUCUCUCUCUCUCUCUCUCUCUCUCUCUCUCUCUCUCUCUCUCCCUCUCUCUCUCUCUCUCUCUCUCUCUCUCUCUCUCUCUCUCCCUCCCUCUCUCUCUCUCUGUAUUUCUCUGAAGCUCCAUCAGAUAAACUGAGUUAAACUGAAAUGUUUGUGUCCUCCUCUCAGCAGGAGGAGAAGGACCGAGAGACCCCCAAGGACUCUCUGGACGACCUCUUCCCCAACGACGAGGAGGAGCACGGCCAAGGAAGUAAGACCCACAGAGUUUUUUAGAGUCACCCCCAAUUUCCACCUUCAUCCUGAACGUCUACUAAAAGGUCAUAUCCUCAGAUCGUAGGAUGCAGCAUCUAUGAUUUCCAGUUCUUCGUUGAAAGGACAACUGGACUUAGUUGAGACGUUUCGCCUAAGAAACGUCUCAACUAAGUCCAGUUGUCCUUUUUUUAAAUUGGGUGUAAGGGGGUUGUUCCCCAGGUCAGGGUUUGGUCGGACCGUCAUCCUGAGUUCUGCCAGAGUCACUCAUUAAAAUCAUCAUUCAUUCAUAUUUUUAUCCAAAAUGACCUUUGACCUGUCCAUGUGGCGCCCACAGUGCAGCACCAACACAACAGCGCCGCCGUGGCUGCGGCCCAGCAGGGGGGCUACGAGAUCCCCGCCCGCCUGAGAACCCUGCACAACCUGGUGAUCCAGUACGCCUCCCAGGGCCGCUACGAGGUGGCCGUCCCCCUCUGCAAGCAGGCUCUGGAGGACCUGGAGAAGACCUCCGGACACGACCACCCCGACGUGGCCACCAUGCUCAACAUCCUGGCUUUGGUCUACAGGUGAGAAGAAGCAGGUGUAGAUGUCUGCAUGUUAGACAUGAGUGAGGGGACAGAUCCAGGAGAGCCAGCAGACUUAGCUUUGAGAUGGUGGAGGAGAUGAUCCAGCAGACUGUGAGGUUAAAGAGGACUCUGGUUCUGGUCUGGACUCGUGCUCUGACUCUUGUGAACCUCAGGUUUUUACUCCUGCUGCUUCUUCUCCUGAAACCUCAGGUCUCAUCAUGUUUUCUGGUUUCAUUCCUGCAGAGAUCAGAAUAAAUAUAAGGAAGCCGCCCAUCUGCUGAACGACGCUCUGUCCAUCCGGGAGAAGACCCUGGGCAAAGACCACCCUGCUGUGAGUUUCUCCUUUGUUUGAUGGAGGUGAUAUCUGCACCGUCUCCCCCCCCCCCCGAUCCUCUGUGCAGGAGGGUGAAAAACAAAGACCAGUUUCCUCCAUGAACAGCAGAGGUUUCUGACCGGUCUGAGGGAGAAGCUGCACAAACACUCGGGGCUUUGCUGCUCCUAUUAUAUUAUAAAAUAAUAACUAAAAUAUGAUGUAAUGAUUAUUUUAAUAGAACAUAUCACUGUAAAUUAUUAUAUUAUAUUAUAUUAUGUUAUAUUAUUCUUAUUAUGUUAUUAUAAAACCAACGAAAGGAAGGAAACGGCUUUGUUUACGUCUCCGUCUGUGUCCAGGUCGCCGCCACGCUGAACAACCUGGCCGUUCUGUACGGGAAGAGAGGGAAGUACAAGGAGGCCGAGCCGCUCUGCAAGAGGGCCCUGGAGAUCAGAGAAAAGGUAGGCCACAUCCCCGGAUCUCCCUCAGUGCAGGACCUCAUCACAGGCUGAAGCAGCUCAGAGCAGCACACCAAUUAGCCGAGUAAUAUUUCCACCAUGGCAGGCAGCAGCAUCAGACGCUAAAGAUAGUCCCUGAAGUUUCCACCGAGGCCUCCGAAUCAGAGGAGAGUUUGAGGGUUUAAUUGAGAGCAGAGCUGAACAUGAAGAGGGAACAGGCAGACUGGACCCACUGGAUCCAUCAGACAGACUCUGUUGGACCUCCUGAGUGCCUGCAGCAUGAAGGAGGAGGAACCCAAACUCACAGAGACAUACUCUGAAAUAAAAACCCAAACACUCCUCCUCUCUUAUUUCCCAUCAGGUGUUGGGGAAGGACCAUCCAGAUGUGGCCAAACAGCUGAACAACCUGGCUCUGCUGUGUCAGAACCAGGGCAAGUACGAGGAGGUGGAGUACUACUACUGCCGGGCCCUGGAGAUCUACGAGUGCAGGCUGGGCCCGGAUGAUCCCAACGUGGCCAAGACCAAGAACAACCUGGUGAGAUUGACUGUGUCCCCGAAUAUCAGAGCUGCACAAACAAAAGUCCAGACUGGAAAAUCCAGACAGGCUGCUGCCCCCCUCUCUGAGGACACAUUUGAUCUGAUGCUGAAACCCUCUCCGCUCUGUCUCCUCAGGCGUCCUGCUUCCUCAAACAGGGGAAGUACAAGGAGGCUGAGAUCCUGUACAAAGAGAUCCUGACCCGGGCUCAUGAGAAGGAGUUUGGAUCAGUGGAUGGUAAGCAGCUCUCAGAGGUCUAGGAUCAUGUUUUCAAGUUUAACGCCGAGCUCUUUAAGAAACCUGCUGUUUGUCUCACACAGCCAGUGAGGACGUUGAUGGACAGAUGGUUAAAAAGUGGACCAUGUUCUGACCUCCACCUGUAGACAGCUCACACACGAUCCAAAUAAACAUUCAAAUAAAUAAAUAAUAAAUAAAGAGUUUGAACUCCUGCCGUUUCUCCUCUCUGUGGGUUAGACUUAAACUGCUCUGAGAAGGGAGACAAAGAUGCUCGACUUUUUGACAUGGUUAUUUUUUUUUAAAUUGUCUUUCUUAUAUAUUUUUUUUAUUUCUGUAUGUUUUUAUUUCAUUUUCUUUGUUUUCUUAAUUUUCUUAAUUUUUAAAAUUUUCUUUGUUUUUAUUUUCUUUGUUUUUUUUUCUUUAUUAUUUUUUCUUUAUUUUUUUAUUUUCUUUUAUUUUUCUUUGUUUUUUAUUUUUAUUUUUUAAUUUUCUUCAUUUUUUUCUUUUCUUUUUUUCUUUUCUUUUUGUAAAAGAUUUAUUUUCUUUUUUCUCCCAAAGAAAAACAGUCAAAAUGUCAAAUUUCUGACCAAAGAGUAGCCGUAUAUUUUUAAUUAAAUGAUGUUAAGAGAGAAACGAAAGCAGAGAAGGAGCAUCAGUUUAUCUACAUUAUUUAUUGUUCUGAUUUUAUUCAUAGAAACUGAUUAUUGAGUGAAUUUCUCCUCAAAUCUCCCUCCAUUUAGAUUUAUCUAGUUAAAGAUGAAGUGAUGAAAAAAGCAGAGAGCGUGGACGCUGUGAGAUAAAAAAAACAGUUUGAUUAUUAAAAAAAUAAUCAUUUCAUUUAGUGAAAAAACAACAGAUGAAGUUAAAAUAAAUCUGUAAAAUCUCGACUCUCUCAAUCUGGUGUUCAGAUUCAGAUUAGACCCAGCGUUCCGGUGUUCUGGGAUCUGGACUUGUCCAUGUGAGGGUGGGGGGGUGAGGUUAGCUCAGUCUGCUCUGAGGGUCGGGGGGUCACCUGUUUCCUCUUGUUCUGAGUCCAGACCUCCUCUUCUUCUCCUGUCUGUGUCUGCAGCUGAAAACAAACCCAUCUGGAUGCACGCUGAGGAGAGAGAGGAGAUGAGCAAGGUAAGAAGAGGUCUCUGCAGAAUAAAGUCACAUCCUGCUCAAAAGCAAAUAUUGAAAUCAGCAGUUUGAGGAGUUUGAAGAACCGUGUUUGUUGUCCUCCCCCCUGAUGAACCCCCCAGGACACACAUACUGCUUUAUGUAAACAGAGGGAAAAUGCUGCUGAUCCAGUUCUCACCUCACUCCCCUUCACCUGUUUUUCUUCCUCCUCCUGAUUAUUUACUUCCAGGGCAAGCACAGAGACAACACCCCGUACGGAGAGUACGGCGGCUGGUACAAGGCCUGCAAAGUCAACAGGUGAGCAGAGGCCGAUCAGGGCGCUUUAGAAAGACACUCAGAGCGGAGAGGUGAAGGACUGGAGUUUGAAAUCUGUCCUCUAACGGGUUCUUCUGUCCUCUGCUAACUCCAGCCCCACAGUGAACACCACCCUGAGAAACCUGGGAGCUCUGUACCGCCGACAGGGUAAACUGGAGGCUGCUGAGACCCUGGAGGAGUGCGCCGUCAGGUCCCGUAAGCAGGUCAGCAGCUUCUCCUGGACCAAAGAUACCCCCUCUGUGCAUGCAGAUCCUGUUUUUGGACUUUGUCAAGUAGGACAGUGAAUCUCAUGAUAUUUCUUUCCCUCUCUCUGCAUUUCUUUGGACCCAGAGCAACACAGUAAGUGGUUUGUGUCUAACUGAUAGCCCCUCCCAUAGAGCCUCCACCUCCCUCCUCCAUAACAUCACCACCAUCACCUCACAGUCACCUGAAGUUUGUCUCUCAUUGGAUAUUUAAAGAGACAGAACACAUGUCCUCUCAUUCCUCCAGAUAACUCUGCACCCCCACUCACACCUGCAGCAUUACCCCCCCACACACACUCCGCUCUGUGUCUGACCGCUCUCCUCUGUGUGUGUGCGUGUGCGUGUUCCUCCACCAGGGGAUCGACCCCAUCCACGGGACACGUGUGGUGGAGAUCCUGAAGGACACGGAGGGGGACAGGCGGAGGAGCAGGGACAGCCUGACCAGCGUAAAGUAUGAGAGCGGCUCUGAGACCGGCGAGGAAGUGAGUAUGGGCGUGGAGUGGAACGGGGUGAGUACAAAUCCACGACGGUGGAGUUUCAAACAGACAGAAACCUCAGGAGAAGAACAAGGUGGUUUUAAUAAACACUGCAGAAGGUGGACCGGGACAGAAGGUCUCAGAGAUUAAAGGCUGGACCAGAACCAGGAGCUGAGAGAGCCAGAUCAGACUCCUCAAAGUGGGUCUCAGGAAGUCAGGGCAUCACUUCACGCCGAGGUCAGGCCUGAAACUUUAGAUGUACCAGUACCUGUAGAUGUGGAUGUACCUGUACCAGUAGAUGUAGAUGUAGAUGUAGAUGUAGAUGUAGAUGUACCUGUACCUGUAGAUGUAGAUAUAGAUGUAGAUGUACCUGUAGAUGUAGAUGUAGAUGUACCUAUAGAUGGAGACGUACCUGUAAAUGUAGAUGUACUUGUACCUGUAGAUGUUCCUGCACCAGUACCUAUAGAUGUAGAUGUACCUGUACCUGUAGAUGUAGAUGUAGAUGUACCUGUAGAUGUAGAUGUACCUGUAGAUGUAGAUAUAGAUGUAGAUGUACAUGUAGAUGUAGAUGUAGACGUACCUGUACCAGUAGAUGUAGAUGUACUGUAGUUGUAGAUGUAGAUGUAGAUGUACUGCUAGAUGUAGAUGAACCUAUAGAUGUAGAUGUACCUGUAACUUUACCCAUACCUGUACCUUGUAGAUGUACCUGUUCCUGUAGAUGUAGAUGUAGAUGUACUGGUAGAUGUAGAUGUACCUGUAACUUUACCCAUACCUGUACCUUGUAGUUGUACCUGUGGCUGUGGCUGUGGCUGUAGAUGUAGAUUAGCUGUACCUGUACUUGUACCUGUAGCUGUAGCUUGUACCUGUACUUGUACCUGUAGCUUGUACCUGUACUUGUACCUGUAGCUGUAGCUUGUACCUUGUACCUGUACUUGUACCUGUACUUGUACUCGUACCUGUAGAUGUACCUGUAACUUUACCCAUACCUGUACCUUGUAGUUGUACCUGUGGCUGUGGCUGUAGAUGUAGAUAAGCUGUACCUGUACUUGUACCUGUAGCUGUAGCUUGUACCUUGUACCUGUAGCUUGUACCUUGUACCUGUAGCUUGUACCUUGUACCUGUACUUGUACUUGUACCUGUACCUGUACUUGUACCUGUAGCUGUACCCGUCCACCAGCUGACUGCAGAAGCUCCUUGUUCUCCUCCUGAGGUCCACCUGUAAAUAUUCCUCACGUGUUUUUCCAAAGUGUAAAGCUGAUUGAUCGUCUGGCACACUGACAUGUUGUUGUUGUUGUUGUUGUGGUGACACCAGCUGGGCCUCCUCUGGCGCUCCGUGUUCAUGUUGUUGUUGUUGUUCAUUGGCUGAUGAUGAUGAAUCCCCGCCCUCUUGUUUUUUGGAUGUUUUGCUGGCGAAGCUUCUGCACUCAUGCAGCCGAACACAAAGGCUCAGGCUCACUCGGAGACACUCGUGUUAAAUACUGAUCAGGUUCUGUGUGACUCUGUCAGGGUGUGUCGUCAUGUUUUCAGCAUCAAACUCCUCCCACAUAUUCCCCAGUUUCCCUCAGACUGGUCCUGCUGUGCAGUAAACUGGGCGACUGAUAGGUGGAGGUUCGUUUUCACGCCCACUCUAACCGCUCACAGAGGUCUGCUGAAAACAUGGCGCAUUAAUGUGACAGUGUCCUCUCAUUUAGACGCCUGCAGAGAUGUCUGAGCCUGAGUCUUUCACCCACCAAACAUGCAUGUAACAAAGCCGGCCUUAACGUGCACACUAAUGCAGCAUGUGUGCGCACUGCAGGGAUGUAACGCCACCUCAGGAGACGGGUCAAAGUGGGUAUAUAUGUGAGGGGUUAGUCCAACCUCAGGACAGCUCUCCACCCGAGUUUCCUGAUCACUCCUCCACCCUGUCCUCUCUGAUCGAGGAGUGAAAAUCAGUCAAUCUGAGGAACCAUCAAAUCCUGAUUAUUGAUCAGAGACUGAACUAAACAGUUUUACUGAUCAGGUCACUUCAGGAAAUGAAAUCAUUAAUUAUCCUCGUCUGUAUCCUGAGCCCCACCAGAACCUGAGCGUGAGGUUACAUCCCUGACCGACGUGUCCACAUGUAGAGAAGAGUCUGCUGCUCUCUCAGUAACAUGAAGUUCUCAUGUUGGUGUGACUGUGAAUGUUCGUACACACACACGUGUUCAUUACGACUGCCUCGGUGAAUGUGCGUACACACACACACACACACACACACACACACACACACACACACACACACCGCUUUGGUGAGCGCUCAGCAUGUCUGUUCACCUCAGUGUUAAAACUCGUCUGUGGAUCCUGACGGCAUGUGGAUGACUGUUUGUGUGUGUGUGUGUGCGUGUGUGUGUGUGUGUGUGUGUGUGUGUGAGUGUGAGUGUGAGUGUGAGGGAGCGUCUCAUUAUCCAGGACCAUUCACAACACACACACACUUAACCUUCAUGCUGUCACGACUGAUCUACAGGAAACUGAGUUCACUCAAAACUCUGAUACAGAAUAUAUCUGUUUAUACAUUCAUCCAUUCAUCCAUUCAUCCAUCCAUCCAUUCAUCCAUCCAUUCAUCCAUCCAUCCAUCCAUUCAUCCAUCCAUCCAUUCUUCCAUCCACCCAUUCAUUGAUUCAUUUAUCCAUUCAUCCAUUUAUCCAUCCAUCCAUGGAUCCAUCCAUCCAUCCCUUCAUCCCUUCAUUCUCAGUAAUCAUGUGUUGUUCUACAGUCAGGUUGGUCUUCUUCUGAUCCUCUAGAGUUCUUCUGGUUCUUCUCAGGAGGUUUCUGAAGACCACACACUCUUUAAUCGGAGUGUUAGAGACCCCUGUAGCUGUAACCGUUUCCAGUGUGUGUGUGUGUGUGUGUGUGCACGUGUGUGUGCGUGUGUGCGCGUGUUUCCCGCUCUCUGCUCGGCUGGAUGUCUGGAUUUGCCGCCUGUUUUUCGUUUGCAUGUCUUACUGACUCCAUCUCCUGCAUCUGCUUCUCUGUUUGUCACUAACCUGUCUUGUUGUUGUUGUUGUUGAUUACUGUUGCCAUGACAACCAAUCAGCCUGUCAAUCAGAUUUCCCUCUCUCACUCAGUGGAUUGUACUCUCUCUCUCUUUCUCUCUCUCUCUCUGUUUUUCUCAGUCUGAACAGUCAGCUGGGGGGGGGUGUUAGUCGGGUUAAAGUUUAAUAAUUAUUGAUCCUUAAAUGUGGACUGAGUUUAGGUGGAUCAAUAACAUAAAACAAGUUAGGAUCAGAUUUUCAGUUAUGAGUUUUUUAAAAGAUAACAGCUGUUUUUAAUUUUUAAGGAAGCCUGAGACACGUCAUAAAAAAGUGCUGUUAGAAAAUAAAGUCAGCGAAAUCAUAGAGAGGAGUCUGAAAUUAAAGAAUAAAUCAAAACUGUUACAAGAAAAUGUCAAGACGGAAUAAGGGAGGCUCUCGGAUAUUAUUUAAUAAUAAUACUAAUGAUGAUGGUCAUAAAAAUUACAAUAAUGAUAAUAAUAGUGAAAAUAAUAAUAACAGUAAUGAUAGUAGUAGUGGUAGUAGUAGUAAUAAUAAUAAUAAUAAUAAUAACAAUUAUGAUAAUAGUAAUUAUAGUAAUAAUAAUAAUAAUAGUAAACAUACAAAUUAAAAUAAUAAUAAUAAUAAUAAUAAUAAUAAUAGUAAACAUACAAAUUAAAAUAAUAAUAAUGAUAAUAAUGAAAGUAAUGGAUACUGUCACAGAGUCUAAAUAGACGCUGUAAUAAAGUAAAGAGAAGGUCAGACAGAGAGGAGGGUCUGAAUGUUGAUGUGAAAUGAGAGGAGGUCUGCAGGAGCUUCUCUCUGUUCAUCAGUUUCUCUGCUGAGGCCUGCAGCUGUCUCUGGUCUGCACUGCUGCGUCAUUGGUCGGCUGCAGGGCGCCAACUUCCUGUUACUAAAAGAGGAAAAUAAAAGAGCUGAGUCACUGUGACUGCAAACACAAACCAGCACUGCACCACCACCACCACAGACCCGCAGCAGGUUUCUGAGACCAGAGGAAACACUGCUGCAGGUUCAGGGGAGACCUGAAGACCCAUGAUGAAGAUUCUUCACUCCAAACUGAGACAGACCGGUAACGGGUUCAACAUGAAAAAGACUUCAUCAAACACAGAUGGGUGUGAAAGAGUGGGAUAGAAAAAAACUACAUGAUGGUGUAGAAAUUAAGAAGGAUGAAAAUAACCAGACUUAAAAUAAAAACAUAAACAGUUCACACUAAAAUAAUAUUAAAAUCAGGAUUUAAAGAAAAAACUAAAUUAAAGUCAGGAGAAAAAAAUCUUUUUAUUUUCAAAACUGAGACAGACAAUCAAAGCGCAGAGAGCCUGAAAAACCCUGAGCUAAAAGUUAACAGACAGAAAUCCAUCAGAGUCGUUUAGAAAAACUGAAAAUUCACUCUUUAAGUUAAACGGACAAAAACUAAAACAGGAAAAUACAAACUAAAGGUUAUGAGAGGGUGAGUCCGCCUGUGAGCAUAUCCCUGAGUUUAAAUCAUAGACUGUUAAUAUGAUGGACAACUCGGCUCCGCCUCCCGCCGUCAUUAUAUGAAUUUGAAGCUGAAUCGCUCUUUGUAUUUCUGCGAUUUUCUCCACUUCCACUGCGUUGUACACACUCAGCGGGAGAGUCGCUGUGAUGACGCUCGGCUCAAACAGCGUAUCCCCCGGUGAUCUACUCACUCUCUGUCCUCCCAUAGGCUGUAUCAGCUGUCAAUCAUAGAAAACAUGAACCCCCUAAUAACUUUUAAAAAUGGAGCUGUACAGAAAAAAGAGGACUUGAGCACAAACCAGUCUGACAGUAACUACAUGUCAACAUCACAACCAGGGGGGAGAAACAUUUAUAUUCUGUGUCAUUCAUUUAUAAAGUUUGUCCACAGCUCCAUAAGGAGGCGGGGUUUAGGACCUAUAUUGCAGCCCGUCACCAGAGGGCGCUGUUCCUGCGAUCGUCCAUUUUAUAUACAGUCUGUGGUUUAAACAGAGAUUAGACUGUGGAGCGGAUUUAUUUAGUGAACCUCGUUAACCAGGUUAGAUUAAAAAACAGAAGGAUGUUAAACCAACGAAUAUUUUAUAUAAAAAUGAUUAAAUCUAAAAUCUAAAAUAAGCAGACUCUGAGUCGAGUGUCAGAGGUUGUUAGACGUCUGUGUGUUCAGGUAACAGCAGAUCAGGAGGGAGGAGGAAGAGGGCGGAGCUUAGGUCAAUCAGGCGUUAACGAGGCAGAAGGAUCUAGGUUUCCAAUCUGACAAUGUUGUCGUUGUUUUGUCUCUCUCUCUCUCUCUCUUACUCUCCCUUUUUCUCUCUCUUUACCCCCCCUCUUUUCCUCUCUCUCUCUCUCUCUCUCUCUCUCUCUCCUCCAUCAGGCCUAAGCCAUCCAGAUUAUUCCUCCAUCCUUCUCUCGUGUUGUCGUUCGUUCCCUCUGGCCUUCUCUGUCCCAACAAACCAUCAGCUCCUCCUCCUCCUCGGUCGACCCCCGGUGGCCUCAACCCUUCCUCCUCCUCCUCCUGGGGCAGAGACUCAGAUAGCGCCCCCUGCUGGCUGCCCUCUCUGUCCAGCUGCUGGGACGUUUGGUCUUCUCUCUUUGCUCUCACUAACCCUGUAGAUCAGCCCCUCUCUCUCUCUCUCUCUCUCUCUCUCUCUCCCUCACAUUCUUCCUCUCUGCGUCACCCAGGUGUGAAGUUUUCGGAGGCGUCGACUGAUUUAGAUUAAAUUCUGACCUUCAGUUUGAAGUAGGGCUGGGCGAUAGAACCAUCAUCUUCAUCAUCUUCAUCACUGUAAUCUCUAAAUUCACAUUAAUGUUCAGGGACGUGUCUGCGGUCGGAGUAAAGCGUGUUUCUGAUCAGACGUUGUCGUGGAGACGGUGAGCACCGAUGAGAAACCUCAGAGGAGCAGAUGAGGUCAGAGGUCAGGUGAAGACCAGCAGCUGAGGUCCCGUAAAGACGAUGAAAUGAAGAGUUUGGGGUCAGAACUUCCAGGUUAAUCUCCGGUUUCUGGACCUUUUAUAGAACUCUGACCGGUACCUCUGGAUUUGGAGUUUCUCAGACCUCCGAGUUUGAUCUCAGAAUUUUCAAAGUUUCUUAAAUUCCAAGAUUAAAGUUAUAAAAGUAGGAAAACAAAGUCGGACUUGAACUCGGACAGUAGGAGGUGGGCGUGUCUUCUGGGGUGACCCAUCCGUCGCUCCGCCCUCUGCUGCUGUAGGAGAGCUUCUUCUCCGUCUCGUCCUGAUCUUUGCUCUCUAAAGCUCCUCUGGGAUUGAACCGUCAGGGUUUCAUGUGUUCACGUUCAUGCACACACUCCCAGUGCGGUACUGCGUAGACUCCCAUGAUGGUCAGAUUAUCAUCGUUUCUUUUGUUCCUCCCGCCUCGGCCUCGUGUGGAAAUGAGAAGGGAUUUCUUUGUUUUUAUAUUAAAUAUCUUUGAUUUUCUAUCGUUGUGUUUACAUUUUUUAAUGAUGAUGAUAUUUUGUGGCUGAGUAUUAAGGCAGUAGUUUGUAACAACGUGUCGCCUGAUGUUACAGACCUGAGCCGAAGCUGACAGCUCAUUGGUCGGAUCACAGCGAGCUCUUGUUGCCAUGGUAGUUUCUUGGGUUCGCUCUCUCUGGCUUCAGCGUCCUUGGAUUGAUGGAGCGCAGUCGUCGCACAGAGGCGCGCGUGUCGUUGUCGUUAUCAGCCUUUAUUUGUGGAGUAGGAGUGAAGCUGGUGUUGUGAGUGAGCUGCAGCCUGGUCUCUGUAGUUCUGUGUGUUUGUGUGUGUGUGUGUGUGUGUGUGUGUAGUUGUGCUGCUCCCCUCUCUGGAUGCUGUAUUUGAACACUCGUCUCGGUGGAGUGUUCAGCCUUUCUCUCCUCCUGGUUCACAGUCUUUCCUCCACAUCCACCUGUUCUCUCCCAUCUUGAACCUGCUGAAUGUAAACGACUAAACAGGAAGUGUAACACCGUGUCGGCUGUAGAUUCAUAGAUCUCCUAAGUGCGCUCACUCUGCAGCUUCUGGCUUUGCUACCUGCCUUUCUUCUUCUUCUUCUUCUUCUUCUUCUUCUUCUUCUUCAUUCCUCCUCUCCUUCCCUCUAAUGAACCCGAACAAAGACCAUGUACAACAUCACAUGACUAUGACAGUAUUGUUGUGUUAGUGGAAUGCUUAUUUAUUGAACAUAUAUAGUGUGACUCAGUUUCCUAAAGUGGACUACAUUAAUGGUAAGGUCUAUCAGCACUAUCUUAGUACGUAGGACUGCAUUAUAUUCCCCAUCCUGCAUUGUGAAGAUUAUUGCAUCAACACUUGUUGAAAUAAAGUUUUUCAUUUGUGAACUUUGGUCUCUUUUCUGCCGCACAAACAGACGUCUGUGUUCAUGUGUCAUCUGUGCGUUCAGACAUGCAGAGCCUGUCCCACAGCGCCUCCUGCUGGUUAUUAACCUGCACUGAGUUUUUCACUAAAAUAACCUGGUUGUAUGUAAAGAAAGUCCACAUGAGACGUUUUCACCUUUGUUAAUUAGAGCUGUAAGAUUUCAGAUGUGUGUCUCACUGAAAUAAUCUCAGAUAUUCAGACUGUGGUACCGCUGAAGGAGCCCAGAGUCAGUGAUGGUUUUAGUAAAAGUCCAUUUCUGUAGAUGAUGUUUGUCAGGAUAGAUGAUCCUCAGAUAUUUGUGAGUGAACUCAGAGUCGGUCAGAAACGCUGGAAUGAGAGACUCUGAGAGGCUCUCCUGUAAGAAUGAAACUAACAGAAAAUGUGAUAUUUUACAAAAAGACUUAAACUGUCAAGAGUUUUUCAGACCACACUGUUAAACAGCUCGAGGACAGAUAAUCAAAGACUGUUUUAUCCACAGGGGGGCGCCACACUGACACAAACAGGAGUUAUAAUAAAUGAAUGGAUGAAUGAAUGAAUGGAUUUUUAAUCUCACAUGAAGAUGAAUUACUGCUGAACUUCACACUCACAGUUUGGUCAAUUAUCACACAAAUAUUUAUGAUUAAAGUCGUGAUAAUUAUCAUCACACAACUGACCAACAGGACAAAUCACACAAACAUGCCUCUGUAAGGUCUCAGAGGGAGACAUGAAGCUCUGAGUGUCCUCACCACCACAGAGAGUGUGUGUGUGUGUGUCGGUAACUGUGUGUGUGUUGAGUGUGUGCUGAUAACUGUGUGUAUCUGCAGGACGGCAGCGGUGCUCUACAGCGCAGCGGCUCUCUGGGUAAACUGCGUGACGUGCUGCGGCGAAGCAGCGAGCUGCUGGUGAAGAAACUUCAGGGGAACGGACCUCCUGAACCACGGAGCACCAAGUAAGAGAGAAUAUGAUAGGUCCUCAUAUCGACCAAUCAUAGAGACGGAUCACAGUCACUGACUGUUGGAGGUCAUUAAAGAGACAGAUAACAGUAAAUAACUGUUUUUAAUCACUACAAAGAAACGGGUAACAGUUACUAUUAUAGUUUAUUAAACAACGACAGAUAAAAGUAAAUAACUGUUUUUCUCUCUGAGCUUAUUUUACUUUUUUACAGACCUGGAUGUAAAUCAAACCUUUUUAGCCUCAUAAAUGAUUCUGUUUUUUAUUUGACCUCAGGUAACCUCUGAAGUGUUUUUGUGUUUUUUUCUGCAGCAUGAAACGAGCCGCGUCGCUGAAUUAUCUGAACAAAACCAGUGAUGACCAGUUCCAGGUGAGGGAAACUUCAGAUUCAGAAAACUGUCCUUGUGUUUGAUAAUAAGAUAAUUAUUGAUCAAUAAUAAUAAUGAUGAUAAUGAUAGCAAUGUCCAGUUUGAACAGCUGUGCUCCUCUUGUAUUUGGAUUGUUUUAUUGGGAUCCUUGGAACAGAAACAGCUUCAGUUUCAGGACUCGGUUCCUCCGUCUGUCUUCACACACGUCUUCUCUGGAUUCUUGGACACUCUCAGGACUCUGUUUGUGUUUCUGUGUUUCAGACUCGAGGAGGAAACUUCAGGGAGACUCGCGGUCUGAGCUCCAGCACCGUAGAUCUCUACACCGGGAACUGA